CUUUUUUCUUCCUGGUUUAGAAAAAUGGGUGAUUACAUUUGAUUGAUUUUGUUUAAUUCCUAAAUUAAGAGAUCACAAUGGCCUCUAAUACAAGUAUAUGUGGUAUAUGCUUCCUUCGACAAUUAACGAGACCAUCCAAACACUGGUGCCCGGAAUGUGAAGAAGCUGUUUGUGAUGAGUGCAAAGAGCAUCAUAAAUUACUGAAAGCCACACGAGGACACGAACCCAUUCCAAUUUCCAGUUACAAAUCUCUUCCGUCAUUCAUAACUGACAUACAACAAUCAUGCGACUAUCACAACGAACAAUAUAAAAUAUACUGCAAUGCACAUGCGUUACCUCUUUGUCUCCAAUGCAUCAAUGAUCAUAGCAACUGCAACGUCACUUCUCUUGAAAAGGUCACCAAUAACGUCAAGACCUCUGGGCAAUUUCUAGAUAUAGAAUCAAGACUGAACGACUUAUUACAAAACAUCCAUAGAAUUAAGGAGGACCGGAAAGCUAAUGUGACUAAAAUUGAAGAUAUGAAAAUAAAACAUAUUAAAGAAAUUCGGCAGAUAAGAGUUGAAAUAAAAGAACAUUUAGACAAUCUUGAAAAACAAAUUAUUAAAGAACUUGAAGAGAAGGAGUGUCAAUGUAAAGAGAGUAUUCAGAAAGUUUUAUCGUCGGUCAAAGAAAAAGAAACUAUAAUAACGCAAUUUCAGUUGAAUUUCAAAACCUUCAAAGAAUAUGCAUCCGAUCUUCAAACAUUUAUUGGAAUGAGAGAAAUUGAGAUAAAAAUUGACGAAAAUGAACAAUAUUUGCAGUCGUUGAUAGAGGCAAAAGGUUUCGAGCAGGUUGACCUUGUGUGCAAUGUAGACACAGAUGUGCAUAGUAUUUUGAACAGUUUAAAGAAUUUUGGAUCAGUUGAAAUUAAAACUGGAACUAGCAACAUUGAGUUGAUCAUAGCUACAAAUAGGCAAGCACAGUUGCAAGUAGAAACGGAAAGACAGAAUAUAAAUGAAGUGAACUUGAUUCUACAGAAUAAGAUAGCAACAUACGGAGACACAGUAAGAGGUUGUUGUAUGUCAGAAGUAGGGGAAUUUCUAUUCACUGAUCACUGCAAAAAGAAAAAUUUAAAUGUAAUUUCGUCUAAUGGCACAUUUAAUUUUAUCAUGUCGCUUGAAUCUAGUGAUGGGUUUGAUAUGACAUUUGUUGAUAAGAAAACUGUCGCUAUUACAACUGGGACGUCACCAAAGAGGAACGGUAUUGAUAUAAUAGACAUUAAGAACCGAAGUAAAAUAAAGUUUAUCAAACUUCCUGGACUUUCAUUUGGAAUCGCAUGUGAUUACGACUCGCUGUUUGUCUGUGUUGCAAAAAAUGGUAUCUUCAAAGUUAAUACUUUGGACUAUAAUACAUCUAGCGUGAUCAGUUGUAAUUUGUCCUGGUUUUCCUAUGUAUCUGUAUUCGCAAAUAAGAUAUACUACACUGACCUCUAUGCUGACAGUGUAGUUUGCUGUGGCCCUAAUGGAUUACGUGUUUGGACUUUUAAAGAGGAUUCAGUUUUGAAACAUCCAAGAGGCAUCACUGUAGAUAAUGAUGGAAACGUGUAUGUUGUAGGAGAACACUCGUCAAAUAUAGUCUUUAUAUCAAAAGAUGGAAAACAUCACAAAGAAAUUCUGACCAAGGUGGAUGGUCUCUGUGACCCAUCUGCUAUUUUCUUUGAUAAGGAGAAAAGAAAACUCCUUGUUGCAAAUUUGAAGCAAACUGCUUUUCUCUACAAUGUUACUUAAAAGUUUUUGCAAUCAAAACAAUGGACAUGAAUAACAAUUAACAAUAAACUGAAUGUUGCAAUUUACUUGGUAACUGCUUUUCUUUACAGUGUUAUGUAAAAAGAAUUGAAACCAAAAUGACUGACAGAUCAAUUUAUUUAGAUUUGUUUGUAAAUAAACUACGUUAACUUGAAAACCUCUUUUAUAAAUGUAGGGAAUCACAAUUCAAUACCAGAGAGGAAGGUCCCCGUGAAAAGUAAAAUAACAAAAAUACCGAACUCCAAGAAAAAUUCACUACGGAAAGUCCCUAAUCAAAUGGCAAAAUCAAAAGUUCAAACAAAUGGAUAACAACCAGAGAACAGUCUGCUAUUUUUCUUGUUUAAAGGGGCGUUUACUUUGAGAUAUAUAAAACAAAUAAUAUA